AUGGAGGCUGCAGGGAGGGGCGGCAGGAUGGCAGGACAGAGACAAGUGAACAUGAACACUGCCGGCAGCCCUGCGGAGUGUCCAGUGUGCAUGACAGGCUAUGAUGGCACCGUGCAGUGGCCGCGCACCCUGCCCUGCGGCCACACUGUCUGCACGCUGUGCGUAGAUCAGCUAAAGGUGCAGGGCCGUGUUGCCUGCCCAGAGUGCCGCGUCAGCCACGCCGUGCCCGAGGGAGGGCAGUUCCCUGUCAGCUAUGCUUUUGAGGCCUUCAUAAGAAUGUCUCAGCUGAACCAGUACCAGACGACCCUGGCAGGCUGGGGCAAGCGGCAGCAGCAGCUGGAGGACAGGCUCCUGGGACUGGUGGACCAGAGCAGGAGUGCCAGGGAGCUCCUGCAGCAGGAAGAGUCCCGUGCGGCGGCCAAGGAGGAGGAGCUGAAGAAGGGGGAGCAGGGGCUGCAGGCCGUGCGGGAGACGUUGCGCACCCUUACAACAGAGCAAGAAGCAGGCGCGGCGGUGACUGAAGUGUUUUGUGUCACUGGCGAGGCAGAGCAGGCAGUGAAGGAGUGGCGAGAAGGUUUUCCUAAUGCCAGCACCGUUACCACAGCCAGGAUGGUGAACGUGGCAUCUAGUGCAGCCCUGGAGGCUGUCCAGGCAGCUCUGGAAACACUUGCUACAGAGGAGCCCAGGCCCCAGGCAGACCCAGAGUCCACCGUCAUGGACAGACUGCACCUCAUCUGGACAGGGAGCUUGACGGCCGAGGACCUCCGCAGCCUGACGCAGCCCACCAGGCGCCUGAUGAAGGCGGGCCGGGUGUUUGCUGUCCACCGGGCGGAAGGUCAGCGCCGACACGCAAAAAUAAGCCUUGAAGCCGGCCAGCUGUGCCUGCACGCCCUGAAGGACCAUCCCCCGCCACGGGGUGCGGCAACCCUGCAGUUGAGCGAGGUUGUGCCGCCCUCCCCCCCCUGCACGGUGUUCCUGGACCUGUCCUGGCCGGGCAGCGCGCCACGGCUGGUCCAAAUCCGCCUGAGCCCCGACACCCCGCGGGGCAGACAGUUCUUACUGUUGUGCACGGGGCAGCGCGGCCCCUCCUACGUUAACACCAGGUUGUUCGAGGUGAGGAAGAAGGGGGAGGUGGGAGAGCUUGUGUUGGGCGGGGACUUCGAAAGUAACAAUGGUCGUGGAUCAUCCGUCCUGCUGCCUGGCCUUGGUGAGGGUGAGUACCGGAAGUCAGGCCGGGCGGGGGAUGUGUGUGGGGUGUGGUGGACUGACCCUACCCGGGGUGUGUGUGGUCAGUUUAGCAUCUUCACCAGAGACUGUCAGGCUGGUCUUGGAUCGCCUCUUGUCUUCGGUGUGGUGGUGGACGGACUGCACGUGGUGGCCGAGGCAGCCCAACGCAGAGGCAUUAAGGAGGUGACUGUGGCGGACUGUGGCGUGGUGUUGUGAGGGUAAUGGCCACCACCACCACCACCACCUGGUCAGCUGCUGCGGCCAACACCUGCACCACCGCCCUGCUGUUUGCUCUUCCCGUUGUUUCCGUUGUUCCUGUUGUUCGUCUUCACACUCUGUGAGUUCAAGGCGACGUUCCUGUGUUGUGGUGCGCCGUGUCGUGUACGCAACACACAAGGCUCACUGUGUUGUUUCCUGUGCUCUGCUGUGCUGGUGAGGAACACACACACACACUCUCUCUCUCUCUCUCUCUCUCUCUCUCUCUCUCUCUCUCUCUCUCUCUCUCUCUCUCUCUCUCUCUCUCUCUCUCUCUCUCUCUCUCUCUCUCUCUCAAUGAUGUGUCGCCUCUAACUUGAUUAAACGCCUAAUGACUCAUUUUUGUUGUCGCUUUAUUUUUUCGUUUUUCCAAUUCCUCUUUCUCUCUCUUUGCUGUCUGUCCACUCCUUUGUUUUCGUUCCUCUCCUUUCUCUGUGUCCUCCAUUUUCUUCAUUGCUCUUUUUUUUCUUUUCCUAUUUACCCUUCUGUCUUUCUCUUCUUUCCAAUUAUUUUCAUUCACUUUUCUACUUUUCCUUUUUAUUUUCCAAUCCAUUUCUUUUCUUUCUGCACCUUUCCUCUCCUUUCUCUUCCUUCACUGUUCUUUCUUUCCUUUGUUUGAAUUUCCUGUACUUUUCUUUCCUCUGUCCUUCCCUCACUUAUCUUCAUGUCUCCUUCCUUUAACUUUACUUCCCUUUCUAAAUAUUCCGGCUCUUUCCUUUUCUCCUUUCCUCUCCUCUCUUCUUCCACCUCCUUUUCAUCACUUGCCGCUUUCAACAUUCGCCGGCACCACCACAACCUCUCCUUUCCCUCCUCCUCCUCCUCCCUAACCUCUCUCCACUCCUCACCCUUUCCUCCACUUAUCUCUCCUCUCCUCACCUCUUCCCUCCACUUCUUUCAUUUCCUCCGCCUUUCUUUCAAACGUUCGCGUCCGGAAACGUUUAAUGGAAAGUGUUUCUGUUCAACGUUUUCUCGCCAAUUUAUCGCCGAAGUAUUUUUUUAUGCAUUGCUGUUCUUGUGUGUGUGUGUGUGUGUGUGUGUGUGUGUGUGUGUGUGUGCGUGUGUGUGUGUGUGUGUGUGUGUUGAUAAAUCACACUCGAAGCACGUCUAGUGAACUGGAAGGAAGCGUUCAAUGGCAAGUGUGUGUUUGUUUGUUUGUUUGUUUGUGUGUGUGGAUUUGUUUGUUUGUUCGUGUUUGUUUGUACGGGAACGUGUAUGGGAACGAGUGUUGUUUUUAUUUUAUUUACUUAUUUACUUAUACAUUUAUUGAUCUAUUUUAACCAUUCUAUAUUUAUUUUGUAUUGUAUUGCAUUUAUUUUAUUUUAUUUAGCUUAUAUAUUCAUCUAUUUACUCAUGUUUAUUUUAUUUUGAGUAGGUUAGUUAUUCAUGUAUUUACUUAUCCAUCUAUUUUGACAUGUUUAUUUUCUAUUGCAUUUUUUUUGGUUUUAUCUAUUACAUGUGUAUGGCUGUCAUUUAUUUAUCUACUUAUUCUUUCAUUCACUCACUUAUUUAUAGUUUUACAUCGGAACAGUUAUAUAUUUUUUUUUGUUUCCUGUUAAUUCAUAUGUUCUUAUCUACCUAUUCUUUUAUUCAUUCAUUUAUUGUUUAGUUUUACAUCUGAACGGUUACACUUAUUUUUUGUCUUGUUAUUUUUAUUAAUUUUUUGUGUAUUUUAUUAUUAGUUUAUUUAUAUUGAUUCAUUUAGUCAUUCAUUUAUUACAAGUGUUCGUCCCCUGGUGGUGAUUUAUUUGGAUGAAUCUUUCCCUUCCGUGAAUGAUUAUAUUUUUAUCGGUUUGUUUAUCGUUGUGGAAUUUUUAGCAAAAAAGUGUUACAAAGAGGGAUUUUUUUUCCUAUCAUGAUUUGGGUUCCUCUGUUAUAUUGCUUCCCCCUAUUACGAGUUUUUUUAUUUGUGUUUUUCUUUAUUAUUAUUACUAGCCUUGUUUUAUUCGCGGUCUCUUUUUUUUGCGUGUCCCUGAGCUCCCUCCUUUACCGUGUCCGCAUAGUGAGAGGGGCUGUGUGUGUUUGCCUCGUGGUGGGCGUUUGUAAUGGUGAAAAGAGAAAAAAAAGAGUUUCUAUUGAUUAUGAAACCUAAAAAAAAUGUACAUCCUUUAAAAGUAAAUGCAUGUUAGAUACAUGUUAAAAUACAUGUUCUAAAAUAUAAA